GAAUAAAAUACGUUGACUAAUAGUGGACGGAGCCACCGUGGGGAUGGUUUGAAGGUAGGUCUUUUUUUGUUAGAAGUAUGAAAGGACAUUUUUCGACAUGAUCACAUUUGUUAGGUUUAGUUGCGAAAGCCGAUCACAGUUGGGCAAAUGAACGAGGGGUCCUCCCUCCUUGGAACUAUGAGGCUGAACACGACCACCAUGGAUGGGGGCUCGAAGGAUACUGAGAAGGACUCAUCGUUUCGCGUGCUUACGGGCUGUUUCCUCUCCUUGUUGAUACUUUCCACGCUCCUGGGGAACACUCUGGUCUGUGCGGCCGUGAUCAGAUUUCGCCAUCUCCGAUCGAAAGUUACCAAUUUCUUCGUGAUCUCAUUGGCUGUAUCCGACCUUUUGGUGGCCGUCUUGGUGAUGCCUUGGAAGGCGGUGAGCGAGAUCGCGGGGUUUUGGCCCUUUGGAUCUUUCUGUAACAUCUGGGUAGCUUUUGAUAUAAUGUGUUCCACAGCCUCCAUCCUGAAUCUUUGUAUCAUUAGCGUGGACCGAUACUGGGCUAUCUCCAGCCCAUUCCGCUACGAGCGCAAGAUGACACCUAACGUGGCUUUUGUGAUGAUCAGUGUGGCCUGGACCCUCUCCAUCCUGAUCUCUUUUAUACCAGUGCAGUUGAAUUGGCACAAGGCUAAGCGCACCAUAGUAUUGGAUUACAACAAUUCUCAAUAUCCAGGGGAGAACUGUGACUCCAGCCUGAACAGGACCUAUGCAAUCUCUUCGUCCCUGAUCAGCUUCUACAUCCCCGUGGCCAUUAUGAUCGUCACCUACACCAGAAUAUACCGGAUCGCCCAGAAGCAGAUUCGGCGCAUCUCGGCACUGGAGAGAGCCGCCGUGCACGCCAAGAACUGCCAGAGCAGCAGGAGCAGCGGCAGCAACGCGGACAUCCAACAGCCCGAGAGCUCUUUCAAAAUGUCCUUCAAACGAGAGACCAAAGUUCUCAAGACCUUGUCAGUCAUCAUGGGGGUCUUCGUUUGCUGCUGGCUACCAUUCUUUAUUCUGAAUUGCAUCGUGCCCUUUUGCGGGACCCAAGCCCACGCCAACAGCAAGGCGGCGCAUCUGCCGUGCGUCAGUGGCAGCACUUUCGAUGUGUUUGUCUGGUUCGGUUGGGCCAACUCCUCCCUCAACCCCAUCAUCUACGCCUUCAACGCGGAUUUCCGCAAGGCUUUCUCCAACCUGUUGGGCUGCGACGCUUUCUGUAACAGCGACGCGGUGGAGACGGUCACCAUCCACAACGGUGUGUCCGCCUACAACCCCGGUGGCUCCCUAGAUAAAGUGGAGAACAGCGUCUACCUGAUCCCCCAUUCGGUCCCGUGCACUCAGGAAAAUCCAGUGGAUCCCAACCGCUGCAUAAAGCUUUCCCCAGUCUCCCAACAUGGGGCGGUCAGUCUCCUGUCCAGCAAUGGAGAAUAUGAAACUGAUGUGUCGCUGGAAAAAAUAAUUCCUGUCACUCAAAAUGGCCAACACACCUGACGGUUUACAGACGAAUACCAGGGAGGUGCCGCUUUUCACCCAAGAGGCAACAUACUGUACUUGCGAAUUCAUUGAUGAGGAGUUAGCUGAAUUAAACGUUGCGGGUGUCUUCUGCGUCUAGUUUCUCCUGGAUAGAUGAUUAUCUUUAGGAACUGCCCAGUGAGGGACUGGGAUGACUUAUUCAGUGCUUCGGUCCCAUCAUACCAGCCAUAUAUCAAAAUAUUGUCCGGAAUACUUGAAUAGAGCCCUGUUCAAGCGAUGUCAAUCGCUGUGGAAUAGGGCUUGUAUUGUUUGUGGGCAGAAAUCGGAUUAUAAAUAACUGAAGCCUUUAAUUGGGUUUCUGAUAACCCCUAUGCCCUUGAUGAAAUGGAGUUACACACUUUUAUUUUCUUUUUAUUCGAACACUCCUACAACUAAGUAAUCUUAAUUCUAAGAUUAAUAUUUAUAAAAAUCAGAUAUACAACUAAGUAACGAAUACUCGAAUAUAUUCUAUAUUGAAGAUAGGAACUUGUUUAUUAUUUGGUUUGGCUGGCUGUUCCCAUACACUCCAAUAAUAACAAAUUCUUAUGCAGAGGGGGAAAAAACAUGCGAAUAGUACUAGUACUACAAUGUUAAUGUGAAAAAGGCUUUACAGUACUUUUUUCCAAAGUUUUAACACAUUGUACUCAAAAUAUAAGUAUUUACUAAUGGUUAUAACGUUACUGUACAACUCGUAAUGGUACACAUAAUACACUAAAUGUGAGGAUAUAGCUAGUAUAUAGAUUUUUUUCCCGCUGAAAAUUCUCAUUACUUUAACUUGUCAAGGUGCGGAUGGAUUGUGUUGUCGGAUUGUAGAAACCAUUCUGCCCAUUUGUUAAACAGUAAAUGAACUGCACAUCUUUAUGUGACGUGGUUUCUGUGCUCAUUCCGAUAUCAGGAUGUUAUCGCACCAGUUCCAAGCAUCCAUUUGAUAUCCGAUAAUCAUUGUUCGUAUAUAUAAUAUAGUAUAUAUUAUCAAAAUGCUUUUAGUUGCCCUUCAGUCUAUGUUUUCAAUCAUAACUCUUUCGAUAAUUAAUAUCUCUACUUCUCGCCUUCGCUUCUUGUAAUAAUAUAUCGAAGCAAACAAAUAAUACUACGUGGAAAUUGUUCAUUGUGUGCUGUUUGAUUGGGUGCUAUGCACACGUGUGGAAGCUUGGAACUGCGUCAUGUAUGAUUUAUUUGCUUACCUCAAAACUAGCUCUUUUUAAAAAAAAGUCACUGUGUGCCUGUGUCAUCCUAACCUGAAUCUGCAAUCACCACGCAUCCUGUUAAACCAAGAAACAAACAUGGCUUAGAAGCUCAAAAGCCAAUCGCACGGCGAUUUCAUGUUUUCUGAUGUUUGAGACUGUUUUGACUAGAGGGCUGAGCAAUUCUGAU